CGCAUGUCGUUGCGGUCACGUGACCCGACAGCAUCUCUCAGCUUCACCGCAGCUCUGUGUGUGUGUGCAAGCGCCUGCAGUCAGUUGCUCAGUUUACGAGGGGUCCUUUUGAGGGAUACGCGAGCGGGACAUAAUGGGAGUGGAGAUUGAGACCAUAACCCCCGGCGAUGGAAGGACUUUUCCCAAAAAAGGACAGACAUGUGUGGUGCAUUACGUUGGCUCUCUGACAGAUGGACGGAAAUUCGACUCUUCCCGUGACCGUGACAAGCCAUUUAAGUUCAAGAUUGGUAAACAGGAAGUUAUCCGUGGCUGGGAGGAAGGUAUUGUGCAGAUGAGUGUGGGCCAGCGAGCAAAGCUAACCUGUUCACCUGAUUAUGCCUAUGGUAAUAAAGGCCAUCCUGGGAUUAUUCCCCCAAAUGCCACCCUCAUCUUUGAUGUGGAGCUUCUCAGUUUGGAGUGAUUUAAUAUGCUUUACUGUCUUUUGUUGAUUUUUCAUUUAUACAUGUUUAGUUUUACUAUACUGAAGUAACAGCAGUACAAACAGUUUAAAAAACAUGAAUUUUUCUUUCAGCUUUAGUCAUUCUGCUCAGAAACAACUUUAUCAACAUCCCGCCCAUAUAGUUUUUUUCCUAUUUUAGGCGUUCAUCAUGAAAAGAUAUGUGUUUGAUAAGAAACCAUAAUUUCAAUUCAACAUUCUUCCUGUGCAGUUGAUAGCAUAUCACAAAAUCCUUAAUCUUGAACUUAAAUCUUUGAAUGAACUGUUUAUACUUCCAUUCUCUUGUGACUCUUUAUCUCAAGCAUUAUCUCAGUAAGCUAAUGUUUGAGAAUCAUAAACAAAUCAAAUCAGUAAACUGAAUCAUUAACUGAAAGUCAUAAUUUAUGACCAGGAUUAAUCAUAUAAGAGAUAAUAUUGCUAAUUCUGUCAGACUUUGUAAGCUAUGCAUGCAUGCAUGCCUUUCAACACGCUGACUUUUUGGGACUGUAUCCCCCAGAGUUAGAUAAGUCCAUACAUACCUUUAGCAGCUUGGCACAAAGACUGGAAGUAAAUGGCUCCAGCUAGCAUACUGUUCCCAAUAAGUGACAAAAAACGCCAACAUUUUCCUAUUUAUAUCUCGUGAUUUGUAUAGUCACAGAGUGUACAAAUAAAAAAGGUCAUAUGAGACACAGCCAUCUUUUAACUGUAUACAGUACUGAGAACUAUAUUCUUAGAAGAUGAAGCACUGCUACUAUGGCGGAGUGAUUUGCUCGCAGCACGAUGUGGUGAGGAGCAGAAAGUUUGCGCUUAUCACUUAAUACAAAUCACAACAUAUAGGAAAAUGUUGCCAUUAUUUUGUCACUUAUUGGGAGAAGUAUGCUAGCUGGAGCCAUUUACUUCCAGUCUUUGUCCUAAGCUAGGCUAGCGGUGGGUGCGUCAGACAGAGUUACGGGACGCAUUGAGAUGAAAAGGGUAUGUAUGGACUUAUCUAACCCAGGGGUAUACGAUGAAUAAGCUGAAGUCUCAAAAAGUCGAUGUGUUCCUUUAAUGCUUAUAAUGAUUUUGACAUGUUAUAUUUACCAACUUUAUAUCUUUAACUUGCUAACAUUGACAGCAGAUGGGCACUCUGUGUGUGCUCUUGAUUUGGAACAUAUAGUUUUCAUUGACAGAUGCCUUGAAGACCAAAAAGUUUGUAGUUGGCUUUUUAGACCUACCCCACUAGUUGUAAGCAUCUGUUGUUGAUGUACACUGUGCCGGACAAGUGAUUAUAUUGUAGAUACUGUGGCAGUAUGGAUCUGGAAAUUAUGUUUUAUUUUAAAAGCAUUUUGAGUCAAAUAUAUCAUAGUUGAUUGAUACUGAUACUGAUGAUUUUUAUGAUUACAGCAAACAUCAAACACAUGUUAUAAUAUUCAUUAUAUUUAUCUAAUGUCAUACAGAAGCAAAACCAAUAAAAGAAUAAAACAUUCA